AGGUGGGGGAAAAGUUAAGAUGGCCAACUUCUGAAUAUCGCGCAUCUUCCCGAGGCUGUAUAUAAAAGGUAGUGUAAUAAUAAUUAAUUUACGCAACCCCCGUGUCAAAAGCCCGGCUUUUGCACGAAUCUUUUGUAAAACCAUUUUCGCAAAAAAGUCCGUUAACGCCGGCCCAUUUUCCGAACCAGAGGAGAAACACGGGAGGAAGAAUUCGAAUCGUAUUUUUCACAACUGAGAGAUGGACGUGCAGGUCGAUUAUGCCGCGAGGCCGGUUCCGGUCGAAAACGGGGAGAUGCCCAACAAAAAUUCAGAAGGAGUUGUCCUCAUGGAGUUGCAAAACGGUUCCAAUUCCGAUGAGUGCGGUGAUAUAAAUCCAGAGGAGAUGACUUCGAAGGAUUAUUAUUUUGAUUCAUACGCCCAUUUUGGGAUCCAUGAGGAAAUGCUUAAGGACGAAGUUCGUACUCUUACGUACCGCAACUCCAUCUACCAUAAUAAGCACCUUUUCAAGGACAAGGUCGUAUUGGAUGUCGGAUGUGGGACGGGCAUUCUUUCAAUGUUCGCCGCUAAGGCCGGUGCGAGAAAGGUCAUCGGGAUCGAGUGCUCAAACAUUGUUGAGUAUGCCAGGCGAAUCGUUAAUGAUAACAAGCUCGGAAAUGUCAUUACGAUUGUCAAAGGAAAAGUUGAAGAGGUAGAACUGCCUGAAGAUGUCCAAAAGGUUGACAUAAUCAUCUCCGAAUGGAUGGGUUACUGCUUAUUUUACGAGUCGAUGCUUGACACAGUUGUGUUUGCCCGUGACAAGUGGCUUUGCCCGGGUGGUUUGCUCUUUCCCGACCGUGCAUCUCUGUACAUAACUGCGAUUGAGGACCGUCAGUACAAGGAUGAGAAGAUCAACUGGUGGGACAACGUUUACGGUUUUAACAUGAGUUCGAUACGCUCAGUUGCUAUUACUGAACCACUAGUCGAUAUUGUCGAUCCAAAACAGGUCGUUACCAAUUCAUCGUUGAUUAAAGAAGUGGAUCUAUACACAGUCACAAAGGCUGAUCUGAACUUCUCAACUGAUUUCGCUCUGCAGGUCUUUAGAGAUGACUAUAUACAAGCACUCGUCACUUAUUUUACUGUCGAAUUCACUAAAUGUCAUAAAAGAGUAUGGCUUUCAACAUCGCCAGAAUCUCCCUACACGCACUGGAAGCAAACCGUGUUUUAUCUUGAGAAGUAUAUCACGGCAAAGAGGGAUGAAAUUGUGAACGGUACUUUCACAUUAAGGCCGAACCCUCGAAAUUCGCGUGACCUUGAUUUCAAGAUUGCUGUCAAUUUCGAUGGUGAAUACGACUCCCUCCAUGAGGUCAAUUCUUAUCGGAUGCGGUAAAAACACAACGGUUAAUAAAAUCAUGGAAUGAAGAAAUCAAGCAUGGAAGGAAAUUGAAAGAAGGAUAGUUUGGGAAAAUCUAAUUUUUUUAAUUUUUUUGGUUCUUCUUUCUUCUCCUUUUUUAAAAUUUAAAUUAUAAUAUCGGUAUGUCGUGUAUGUAUAAUAAAAAUGAAAUACAGGGAAAGUGUGCUUUUUUUCAAGAAACAAUGUGUCAUUUCAAUAAUGUCUCGUUACACUAUUUUCACCCUGAUAUUUGUUUUCUAUUUAAAAUACAUUCUAAUUGUUUUAUUGCUUACAUUUACAUUAAUCGCUGGUUAUAACUUGAAGUAUUCAACUAUUUUCAUUAUUAUUCCAUUGUGGUUUAAUAUCUUUUUUUUGUACCAUAUUUUUUGUCUGUGAAAGAGUGCUCCUACAUGUGAAACAAUAAAAUAAAGUCGAAAUUUUGA